AUGUCGCCGACAAAAUCCGUCUUACGCUUUGCUAAGCUUAGCGAAAAUGCCUAUCCACCAAUGAAAGGUUCAGCUUAUGCAGCUGGUUGGGAUCUUCGAAGUGCUUAUGAUUAUGUAUUACCAGCACGUGGCAAACUAACGGCCUUAACGGACAUUCAAAUUGCCGUGCCAGAAGGUUGUUACGGUCGAGUUGCUCCACGAUCUGGUUUAGCUGCAAAAUUCGGCAUUGAUACUGGAGCUGGCGUUAUUGAUGCUGACUAUCGUGGCAAUGUUGGCAUUGUUCUCUUCAAUCACAACGAUUCUGAAUUCACCAUUAAAAAGGGCGAUCGUAUUGCUCAAUUGAUUUGCGAAAAGAUUGAAAUGGCUGAUCUAACCGAAGAACAGAAACUUGAUGAUACCGUUCGUGGCUCAAAUGGCUUCGGCAGCAGUGGUGGAUUUUCACACAUUGCUAAUGGCAAUGGCAUUUCACACUAA